CCAAAAUUAUUUCGUUGGCAGCUCGGUCGUCCCGGUAAUUCGAACAUUUUAAUAAGACUAUCAGGCUAAUAAUAAAUAAAUAUCAGUCCGGGAGGUGCGGAAUGAAGUGGAGCAUAAAAGUGCGUAAUAGUUGGCUUCCGAGAUUGACCCAUAUCGACGAGCGGAUGAAAUGAGAACCUCGGUGUGUGCGUGUGUAUUGCCCGAUGCGCGAGUGUGAGUGCCAUUGGCCCGGGAGUCUUGGCCCCGUAUUUAUUAUUCUUUAUUUCUGUCAAUUAAAACACCGAUCGCACAGUGAGUUUAUGAUGACGAAUUGUGGUCUAUAACUGUCUCGACCGAUAAGCGCUGCUGGAUCGUCGGAAUUCCGCUUUGGGGAAUGCCUGUGAUUUACGUUUGCCACCCAUGUUUACCGCGCAAACAAAAAACUCAGGUGUGAUAAGAGAAGCACCAGCAGACUUUACCGAAUUUCACACCGGCCUGUAUACCUUAGAUUGCUCAACGGAAACGUGGCACUAGGGCUAAGUAGAAGAGUGCAGCAUUUACCCCUUAUCAACUGGACGGUGAAGACUGAAAACUACAUUUACCAGUGGGGCAAGUUCGCGUUCCGAUAAGUUCAACAAAUUAAGCAGGCGCCAAAAGUAAACACCUGUGUCUGUGCCUGUGCGGCUCUGCCCCUGCUCUACAAUGGCUGAUAACAAUGUGCCGCUACGCGACUUCGACGAAGAGAGCGAAACGGACUCGGAGACGGAAUUGCUCAUACGCAGAGACGUCCCAAGCAGCAGCGGCAGCAGCAACAACAACCAUGGCAGAGGCAAACGCCGCAAAAGCUCUAUGGGCUAUAGCGGCGCUGACGGCGACGUCGGCGCUGGCAGCUCUGCCGCCGGCAGCUUUCUGGGCAAUCUCUUUGGCCAUAGUCUCGGCUCUGCCGCCGGCCAGAUACGUUAUAGAAAUGAGCGGAGUCGCGAGCGCGCCAAAAACUCAAACAGCAGUCACGGCAGCAGCAGCGUUUCGAAACUGGCGCAAUUAACGCACACGUCAUCGGGGGCGGGCAGUGGGAGUGGCAGCGGGGUCGGUGUCGGCAUCGGCGGAACAACACAGGGAGAUAGUGCAGCGACGCCAGGAGCAGUACCUAGCGAUCUUGCCAAUGGCGGAGCACAUGGCGUCGUCGAUCCGGAGAACGGCUCAUCCACGGUCUUCUACCAGCAUAAUCGGCGGAAGAGCAAGAGCCGCAGCAUUGGAAACAUCUGCAAGGUUUGUCUGUGCAGCUGCUGGCGCAAAUGGUUCCGACCGCGCGAGCUGCGGGCUCGCACCGUUAACCUCGGCCGGGUCAACACGGAGAAGUUUCCCCCGAACGAGAUCCGUAAUCAGAAGUACAACUUCAUCACCUUCCUGCCGCUGGUGUUGUUCGAGCAGUUCCGCUUCUUCCUCAACCUUUACUUCCUGCUGAUGGCGCUCUCGCAAUUCAUACCGGACAUCCGGAUCGGGUAUCCCUACACUUACUGGGGCCCCCUUGGAUUCGUCCUGAUGGUCACUAUUUGCCGAGAGGCGGUCGACGAUCUGCGACGGCAUCAGCGGGACCACGAGGUGAACUCCCAGAAGUACAAGCGGCUGUCGGCCACCAGCACUGGAGGGUACGAGAUGGUGCCCAGUUCCAAGCUUAAGGUUGGCGACGUUAUCAUUGUGGAGAAGAACGAGCGGGUGCCAGCCGAUUUGAUCCUGCUGCGGACAAGCGAUCGCAGCGGAUCCGUCUUUGUGCGAACUGAUCAACUGGAUGGAGAGACGGACUGGAAGCCCAGGCUGGCCGUUCCUUACACCCAGAAAUUGAGUCGCGACUCAGAGCUGCACAGCAUCGACGCCAGCUUUUAUGUGGAGAAGCCACAAAACGACAUCCACAGCUUCAUCGCCACCUUUUGCAUGACGGACGGCAGCGAGGACACCGGACUAAGUGUAGAGAACACGCUGUGGGCCAAUACAGUGGUGGCGGCGGGCACAGCAACCGGCAUUGUAAUCUACACCGGAUGCGAGACACGCAGCGUGAUGAAUAACUCACAGCCCAGAUCUAAGGUCGGCCUGCUUGAUAUGGAGAUUAACGGAUUGACCAAGGUUCUUUUUUGUGCCGUGCUGGGUCUGUCGCUGGUCAUGAUGAUGCUGAAGGGAUUCGGCGGCCCCUGGUACCGAUACAUGUUCCGUUUCGUGCUCCUCUUCUCCUACAUUAUUCCUAUCAGUCUGCGUGUGAACUUGGACAUGGGCAAGGCCUUCUACUCGUGGCAAAUGCAGAACGAUUCGAAUAUCCAGGGAACGGUAGUGAGAUCAACAACCAUACCAGAGGAGCUUGGCCGGAUAUCAUAUGUGCUGACGGAUAAAACGGGCACACUGACCCAGAACGAGAUGGUCUUCAAAAAGAUCCAUCUGGGCAUCGUGUCCCACGACGCGGACACCUUCCAUCACAUUGGCCAAAUGAUACAAAAGCUGUCGGGAAACAUUCUGCAACAGCAGCAGCAACAGGGUAGCGUUUCCAGCUCGAGCAGCAGCGGUGAGUCAAACAACAAGCCACCCAUUAUGUUUGCCGGCAAUAGAAUGCGACGACCGGAGGGCUGGCGAGAGUGGGAGGCAGUGCGAGCCCUGGCUCUGUGUCACAAUGUUACCCCGGUGAGCGAUGACGAGGACAAUCGAUCCGUUUCAACGGCAUCAACAGUGACCGGCGGUAACAACUCUCCCACCAAAUCUGUGAUAAACAUCGAGGCCCCUGGCAGUACGGAUACGGAGCAUCAAUAUCAGGCAGCAUCGCCAGACGAGAUAGCUCUGGUCAAGUGGACGGAGCAAGUGGGCCUGACCCUGAUUGCCAGGGAUCUCAACACAAUGACGCUCCAGGUGAAGACACCCAACGACGACAAUGACAUUCUCCUGCACUAUCAGAUCCUGCAGCUAUUCCCCUUCACCAGCGAGAGCAAGCGGAUGGGCAUCAUUGUGCGCGAGAGCAAGACGGGCCAGAUUACGUUCUACCUGAAGGGUGCCGACGUAGUCAUGUCCAGCAUUGUGCAGUACAACGAUUGGCUGAGCGAGGAGUCUGGCAACAUGGCACGCGAGGGUCUCCGCACUCUGGUCGUGGCCAAGAAGGUGCUUACCGAGGAACAGUAUUCUGACUUUGAGAUGCGGUACAAUGCUGCCCGACUCAGCAUUACGGAUCGUGUUGCCAAGGUGGCAGCCGUAACGGAGUCGCUCGAACGUGAGCUAGAGCUGCUUUGUCUUACAGGCGUGGAAGAUCGCCUGCAGGAAAAUGUACGCCCCACGUUGGAGCUCCUGCGCAAUGCUGGCGUACGCGUUUGGAUGUUAACUGGCGACAAGCUGGAGACGGCUUGCUGUAUCGCCAAAUCGUCUCAAUUGAUUGGCCGGAACCAAGGUCUGCACGUUCUACGUUCCGUCAAGACCCGGACGGAUGCCCAUCAGGAACUGAAUAGCUUCCGGCGAAAGCAGGGCCAUGCUCUGGUCAUCUCUGGCGAAUCGCUUGAGGUGUGCUUGCAGUAUUACAGGCCAGAGUUCCUGGAACUGGCCACGGCCUCCCCGGCAGUGGUCUGUUGCCGCUGCUCGCCCACACAGAAGGCGCAGGUGGUAGCCCUCAUCCAGAAGCACACGGGCAAACGAACUUGCGCCGUGGGCGAUGGCGGCAACGACGUCAGCAUGAUCCAGCAGGCGGACGCUGGUGUCGGAAUCGAAGGACGGGAGGGUCGGCAGGCAUCGUUGGCCGGUGAUUUUAGCAUUCCGCAGUUCUCUCACAUCGCCAAGCUGCUACUCAUUCAUGGCCGGCGGAGCUAUAAGCGAUCGGCAGCGCUUUCCCAGUUCGUCAUUCAUCGUGGCCUGAUUAUCACAACCCUGCAGGCGGUGUUCUCGGCGGUUUUCUACCUCAGUUCGGUAGCCUUGUACCAGGGCUUUCUGAUGGUCGGAUACUCGACCCUGUACACUAUGUUCCCGGUAUUCUCAUUGGUGCUGGACCAGGACAUUACAUCCGAGACGGCGGUUACAUAUCCGGAGCUCUACAAGGAUCUGUCCAAGGGACGCAGUCUCAGCUACAAGACCUUCUUCAUUUGGGUAUUGAUCAGCAUAUAUCAGGGCGGUGUCAUUAUGUACGGGGCCCUCAUACUCUUUGUCGACGAAUUCAUCCACAUUGUGGCGAUCAGUUUUUCGGCUCUGAUUAUGACGGAACUUAUCAUGGUAGCCCUCACCGUGCGUACUUGGCAUAGGCUAAUGGUGCUAGCGGAGCUGUUUAGCUUGGCCCUAUAUCUCAUUUCACUGGCCGUGUUACACGAGUAUUUCGACUGGGAGUUUAUCUGGUCGUACGACUUUCUUUGGAAGGUCUCCCUCAUCACACUGGUCUCCUGCUUACCUUUGUAUAUAAUCAAGUUCUUGCGUAAAAAAUGUUCGCCGCCCUCUUAUCUGAAGCUCUCUUAGACGGAGACUCCCACACUGAUUCCCUUUCUAUAUUAUUUUCCUUUUGUUUCAAGCUUUUGAUUUAAACUUGAUUUAUUAUUUAACACUGUCUGCUUUAUUUUCCACUAUGCAUCCCCCUUUGUCGUUUCGUUUUUGCCAACACCCGCACCGCACCUACCCCUAAAUAUACGUGAUAUCAGGUUAAACCCUUUCUCCCCUCGACACCCCACUUUCUCUUUAUGCUUUUGUUUAAUUUGUAUUACUUACACGAAACGUAAGAGAAAAAGUGAUUCGAUGAUCGUAAAUAAAAUAAUAUUAAAAUAAAACGAUUA